UAGUGCUGGACCUAUUCACGUGCCGCUUCUGUUGUUAAAACUGCACCACCAUGCCCGUUGACAACAAACGAGUUCGCGGCCCAGAGCUCUCGCAAAGUCCGUCUUUGUUCGCGUGCAAGCCAGCGGCGGUUUUCUCCUCGCACGGCCCCCGUGCAGAUGGCCGACAGCGGGACCAGGUUGACGUCCGGCCCGUUUUUGUCAGGUGCGGGCUCGUGAGUCAAGCUAAGGGUUCCGCGUACAUGGAGGCUGGAGACACCAAGUUGAUGUGCUGCGUUUAUGGUCCCAGAGAAACGGAGCGUAAAGAUGACACCGAUAUGAAGUGUGGAAGGUUGACAACAGACAUGCGGUUUGCCCCAUUUUCUUGCCCGGAGAGAGGCUCCUGGAUUCAAGGGAGUCAGGAUAAGGACUUCUCUUUGAUGCUGCAUGAAAGUCUGCAGCCCGCCUUGUGCCUCCACAAAUACCCUCGCUCUCAGAUAGAGGUCUACGUGAUGGUUCUUGAACACAGCGGCUCAGUUCUUGCGCACGCCGUCACCUGCGCGUCCCUUGCGCUAGCAGAUGCGGGAAUCGAAAUGUACGACCUGGUGCUCGGCUGCGCCAUCCGCCAGGACGGGGGCUCUUACGUGGUUGACCCAACAUAUGCGGAAGAAAACGGAAGCGGUUCGCCCAGUGGUGACAAUCAGGGAAGACUGACCGUUGCAUUCCUCCCUAGCUUGAACCAGGUGUCUGGGCUGCAGUCGGAUGGAGAAAUGACCGAAGAGACUCUCUCUGCUGGGGUGCGCACCUGCAUUGAGGGUUGCUAUAAGAUCUAUCCAGUCAUCCAACAAGCUCUGGCCAAGGCAGUGCGAAGGGCAGCCCCCCCACCAUCAGAGAGCUGAUAGAAGUUGUACUUUUCUGGGUCAAUAUUGCUAUAAAGUGCUUUUGAUGUCAUUAAAAAUCACACAGUCAUCAUGAAAAGUUAGGAAGUCUUAUAAUUGACCAAAGUGUCCACAAAUAAUUUGACUAAAAACAUCAUUUUCUGCAUAUUAUAUUUUUUAUAACUGAACGUUUUUCUCUGUCUUAGAAACUGUCAUCUUGGAAUAACUGGUGGUCAUAAUUGCCUCUUUAAGAAACUUUCUCAUGUUUUCAUGCACAUUAUGACCACCAUUUUAUCUUUCUGCAAAUGAGGCUCAAAUUGUUUGGUUGUACAAUAAAUAUUUACGUUUAUGCUUUGAAAUUAUUCUCAUAUAACAUGAAAACAAUUUCAAUAGUUUCGUUGGCGGUUGUCAAGCUUGGCGUGUCCACUCUCAUAGUAUAGUAUCAAAUGAUGUAAAAAUAUUUUAGAAAUUCAAAAUUUAUUUGUUAAACAAGCUACAGUCAGAUUGCUAAAAGAAUCAUGUUUCCAAGUGAAGGUAUAUCAUGUGCUCCACAAAAAAAAAGGCCACGCUGUCAACAACCUGACAUAAUUUACUGUUUGCGUGAACAUUGUCUGUGUGCAGUUGACUUAUUUGAAAACAAUUAUGGGAGCUUGUCCAAUAUGAAUUUCUAACAGCAUAAGGAAUACUUAAUACAAUGAAUAUUAAGUUCAAUCUCAACAUUUAUGGAGGUAAAAUGGUGCUUUAUAAGGAUAUUGAUUUCUAAAAAUAUACCAAUCGGGAAUAAUUGCAUUUAAUUUGUAUGUUUUGAUGCCAUGUCAAGUUGAUUUGAGGGGCAGAGUGUAGCCAUUAACUGAGACUUAAUUAUUACCCAAAAUUAACACAAAAAAAUAAUAAUAAAAAGGGC